CAGUUCCUUUUCGUCCUAGUUGGGCUAUUUCAUUUUCCCCGUCCUUCUGGGCGGCUGCACCAGGCGUUGGGGCUUGGCGACCGCCUGCGGUUCCGACGUGUAGGCUCGAACCGGGCCCGCCAGCGGGGCGCGCAGAGCCCAGGAGGGCUCCCCUGCAGGUGCGUGCCGGAUGGUCUCGCCCGGCCCCGCGAGCGCGCGCGCGGGAGCUGCUGAGGGGCGGGGCCACUGCGCACUUAAGGGCGGUUGGGAAGGCGAGCGCAGACCUCGUCAGCGCCGUCGCCGAGCGAGCGAGCGAGCGAGCGUCCCGCCGGUGAGCCGCCCUUCAGCCCUCCGCCGCCAUGUCCAGCAGACCUAGAAGCCCACCCCGGUACGGGAGCCGCCGCGACGGCGGCGCAAGCCCGCGGUCCCCUGCGAGAUGGAGCCUCGGACGGAAGCGCAGAGCGGACGGGAGAGACCGGAAGCCCGAGGACUUCGAGGAGGGCGAGCGCCAGACUGCGGACCCUCGACCUGAAAGCUUUACAACUCCUGAAGGCCCUAAGCCUCGUUCUAGAUGUUCUGACUGGGCAAGUGCAGUUGAAGAGGAUGAAAUGAGGACCAGAGUUAACAAAGAGAUUGCAAGAUACAAAAGAAAACUACUCAUAAAUGACUUUGGAAGAGAGAGAAAAUCAUCAUCAGGAAGUUCUGAUUCAAAGGAGUCUAUGUCUUCAGUGCCAGCGGAUGUGGAGACAGAUGAAAGUGUCUUGAUGAGAAGACAGAAGCAGAUCAAUUAUGGGAAGAACACUAUUGCCUAUGAUCGAUACAUUAAAGAGGUCCCCAGACACCUGCGACAACCUGGAAUUCAUCCCAGGACCCCCAACAAAUUUAAGAAGUAUAGCCGGAGGUCAUGGGACCAACAGAUUAAACUCUGGAAGGUGGCACUGCAUUUUUGGGAUCCUCCCGCUGAAGAAGGAUGUGAUUUGCAAGAAAUAGAACCUGUAGAUCUUGGGGAAAUGGAGACAGAAUUCACAGAAAGCAGCUCUGAGUCCCAGACAAGUUCACAGGAUAACUUUGAUGUGUAUGCUGGCACACCCACCAAAGUCAGACAUGUGGACUGCCGAGUGGAGGAUGAGUUUGAUUUGGAAGCUUGUUUAACUGAACCAUUGAAAGACUUCUCUUCCAUGAGUUAACUGCCACCUGGUGGUUACUCUGGGAAACACUUGGCUCUGCCAUCUGGAAGGCAUGAGCUGCUGUGCAUUUGUAUUUUUUUUCUCUGUAAAGAGUUUAUUUUCUCAUGAUAAAUUGUUUUUCUUGCCUUAUUUUUAUGUAUGGUGAGUGUGUUACGCAUGUUUUAAAUUGUAAAUGAAGCUAAGUCCAGUGAAGAUUGAACCCUAUUAUCUUUCUGCCCACCAAAUUAGACAACAGGAUACUUGUGGCUUUCCACAAGAACUUGAGACUUCAGUUGCCACUCUUCAGAUGGGUUGGCAGUGGAUUUUAACCAUGUGUUUAGAGGACCAAUCUAGAGUCAGCCGUCUUUACAGGUAACUGAUAAAAGUAUUCUCAGUCAGGCAGCUGCAAUGGCUUUGUAAAAACUUAUUUUCUGGUCUUUUAUCAAUGUGAAUGUAGUUUUUCCUCAUACAAAGCUCUGAACAAAGAUGUCAAGCUGUUAUAUUAAUGGGCUUUUAUGUAAGUUAUAUAAUCUUAAUUUUUGGAACUUGGAAUAGUGUUAGUGUGAGGUAGGAUCUUAGCACAUGCUCUGAGAGUUGAGGCAGAAGAGGAAUUUAGAAACAUUUUUUAAAAUGAUCAGUUAAUUUACCAUGUAAUAUUGCUGUAAAUGAUAAUGUGUACAGAUACUCUGUUCAUGUAUUCAAUUGUAAACUUGUCAAUAUUUGCAUUUCUAUUGCUUUUGUAUGGAAUGAUAAUUGCAAAAAUAAAGAUGCUUUAACUGAUUCGUAA